AUGAAAAUCGUUACACUUAUCGUCGCAUCAAUUAUAGCUCUUGGGGAAUCAAAGAUCCAUAAAUCUCCCCCUUACAAAAAUUGGACAACGAUCGCAAAAAAGAGCUUUGAAAGGGGAAAACUCCUCUACGACUCCAUCUACAUUGCACUUGAAACGCAUGAAAAGGAGUGCAGAAUCAUCCACAGUUAUAUAAAUGGAGACGAAUAUAAAGAUGAAGAUCAAAAGACAGAUGUUCUCGAAGGGGGUUCCAACAGAUCAAAGUUUCCAUGUAUAAAGUCUGUAAGUGGAUCAGACUUGGAACCAUUCGAUAUCGACAUUAAUCCAUUAGCAAUCCCAAAUCAUCACAAGAGAAUAUAUCUAGAGGGGAGUUGUCUUGACUAUAUUCUAAACGAGUUAAACACAUUGGACCUAUCAAAGUGUGAUGCAAAGGGCGAUUCAUCAAGAUCUCUUAUCGCACUCGCAAAGACAAAAUGCCACUUUAUACGAGCAGCUAGGGCAUUUCCUACUGUAGAACAGGGUUGCGUUUUAAACCCAAAAGAAGCUCAUUCUAUCGACUACCCAUUCCUGAGCUUGAGAGACGAAAAUGAAAAUGAUAAUCCAUGCGGAAAAGAUUACUAUGGAGAUGAAUGUGAAGAGCUCAAGAGAGAAAUUGUGGGUACAUGCACCAACAAAAAUGUCAUGUCAGAGACCGCUUUUCAAAUGUAUCACGCGGAACUAAAUCAUAUAGGUCCGUUUCUUGUCCACAAGGAAAAAUUUACAGAUGACAUUUGCUUUUAUCUGCAGUCUGGAGAGUGGAAUAGAAGGACUGAAGAAAAUAUUAAUCGACUGGCCGAUUCUGCAAUGAGCAUAAUGGAGUUUCACAAGACAAUGGAGACUCAGCUGGAUAAGCUCAAGAUCCAACAGAUUGAGCAAAUGGAAAAGGCUGAAGAGUAG